AUGCCUAGUCCCACUCGAUCCAUUCAUAUACUUGGGCUAGGCAGUAUCGGAUCUUUCGUGGCCCAUUCCAUCAGAUCCAUCCCAACUCCACCGCCAGUGACGCUGCUCGCUCAUCGGCCGGCUCUGUACCAGGAAUUCGCAUCGCGAGGCUGGAAACUAGGACUGCGACUGACCGAAGAUGGACCUUUGCAAGAACAAGCAGGUUUCAAUGGCGAAUUGCUCGGGAGAACGCCAUCAUCAGACCCGAUUCACAAUCUGAUCGUGGCCGUGAAAGCAUCCGCCACAGUAUCCGCCCUCGAGCCGAUCAAGCAUCGCCUCGGUCGGCAUUCCACCAUUUGCUUGUUCCAAAAUGGUAUGGGUCAAAUUGAUGACCUGAACAAGCACAUAUUCACCGAUGCUUCUACAAGGCCAAUUUAUAUGUUUGGCAUCAUGCGCCACGGUGUUUACUUAAAGUCCCCGACAGAGGCCGUUCUGGCCGGAGUUCAUGGUUCUGCUUCUCUUGGAAUUGUGGAUAAUGACGAUCAGAAGUCAAGGAGCUCGCAGGCUGAGUACCUUAUGGAUGUCCUGCUCCGGGCGCCAUCUCUCAACUGUGAACGUUUGCCGUGGGCAGACCUAUUCAAAGUACAACUAUUCAAGCUAGCGGCAAACUGCGUCCUGAACCCCUUGACGGCGAUACUUGAUGUGCGAAAUGGGUGUAUUGGUGAGGAUUCAAGUCUCUGGCCUCUGCACGAGCGUCUUCUCCACGAGAUAUCCACGGUUUUUCAAAACUUGCCGGAGCUCCAGAGCUUGCGGCUCGACCGGAAUAUUUUCUCGGUUCCUUCACUCAAGUCUGUGGUAUCGGAUACAAUUGAGAAAACAGCACAGAACUCCAGCAGUAUGCGUGAAGAUAUGCGAAAAGGUCGAGCUACUGAGAUUGAGUACAUCAAUGGCUGGAUCCUUAGGCGGGGCAAGGAAUUAGGCAUUAGUUGCGACACAAACGCGUGUCUGACUCAGCUUGUUCUAGCAAAGAGUCAAAUAGGGAUAAAUGAUGGUGCUAGAUGA